GGAGUCAUCUCUCCCAAUCUCUUGGGCAUAUAAACCCAAAUGAAGAGCUCAUUCUAGCUUUGACUGCUAUCCUGCAAAUGGCUCACCAAAGGGUCUCCACGCUUAACUAAACUUUCCUCCCACUCAAAUAAAAGGGAUUUCUUUCUCUUUUUCCACAUUUCCAUGACUUGAUCACCGAGUUCCACCCCUUUUCAAGCUCUUUGAAUCUCCAAAUGAUUGUGUAAUCCUCUCCUGAUCACAGAGCCAACCUACCUCUGGACUCUUGCCUGCUGCAGCUUGUGUUAUUAGUUAUGCACUUCUAUGAUCAGUGGAUGGAACCAUGAGUUCUGCAUCAACUGAAUUUGCCACUUCAGGAAGGAUGGGCUUGUAUGAGCCAAUCCACCAGGUUAGCAUGUGGGAGGGCACAUUUAGAAGUGAAUUUAACCCAAACACAGGCCCUUCUCUGAUGGAACAAAUGGAUGAUGCAAAGCUAGGCAACAAGUCAGAAUAUACUUCUUAUGAAUCAUUAGGCCCUUUUGGAAACCAUCAAGAGAUUCCAGACACAGAAGAAGUGCCCAAUAAGGUGCAAAGGCGUUUAGCCCAAAAUCGUGAAGCUGCUCGCAGAAGCAGGUUGAGGAAAAAGGCCUAUGUUCAGCGAUUAGAAAAAUGCCGGCUAAGGUUGAUGCAGUUGGAGACUGAAGUUGAGAGGUAUAGAUCACAGGGUGUGUACACAGGAGGAGCACUAAAUACUAGUCAUAUAGGAUUUUCUGUACCUGCAAAUUCAGCAACUGCUACAUUUGAGAUGAAAUAUGAGCACUGGGUUGAAGAGCAGCAGAGACAGAAUUCUGAACUAAGAAAAAUGUUGCAAGCUCAAACAAGUGAGCUGGAGCUCCAAAUACUCGUGGAAAAUGGCCUAAAACACUAUUACAAUCUCUUCCAAAUGAAAGCAGAUGCUGCCAAGGCUGAUGUCUUCUACCUGAUGUUUGGCAUGUGGCGAACAUCAGCCGAGCACUUGUUUCAUUGGCUUGGAGGAUUUCGCCCGUCAGAGCUCCUAAAUAUUUUGAUGCCACAGCUUCAGCCCUUGACUGAUCGACAACGUCUGGCUUUCGGCAACCUCCGGUUAUCGUGUCAGCAAGCUGAAGAGGCUCUAACAAAAGGGAUGGAAAGGCUUCAGCAGGCACUGGCCGUAAGCAUUGCAGUUGAUCUUUCCGGUACCGGAAACUUGGGUCGUCAGAUGGCUUCUGCAAUGGAGAAGUUGAAUGCUCUAGAGCUCUUUGUAAAUCAGGCAGAUCAUCUUCGUGAGCAAACACUGCAGCAAAUGUAUCGUGUCUUAACAGUUCAUCAAGCUGCCCGAGGCUUGCUUGCUCUAGGGGAGUUCUUUGAAAGGCUCCGCGCUCUGAGUUCGCUUUGGGCUGCUAAUCGUGCUCAUCAACAGCCUGGUUUCCUCCAGUAGCUGAUAGCUUUUUUUUUCCCCUGGGGUUGGGGGGGUGGUGGAUAUAUUGCAGGCCAGAAUUUGAUCUGUUUAUAUGUGUUGAAGUAGUUUCUCAAGUUUGUAGAUAUGAAUGAUAUAUAGUGCUUCAUGUACCAAGAUUUUAUUGAACUGAGCUUAGCAUUGAUAAGUGGUGUUGUAUACUGAGAAAGGUCUUUUAUCAAUCACAUUUGGU